UUCUCUCUGGAGGAGUGGCAAUGCCUGGACAAAGCACAGCAAAAUUUAUAUAAAAAUGUGAUGUUAGAGAACUACAGAAACCUGGUCUUCCUGGGUGAGAAUAACUUCAAUACACCAUUUCUAAUAUAUCCUAAAGGUUUUAUUUCUGUUCUUUGUAGAUUGUUUUUUGGUAAAGUAUGCUUUGCAUAAACGAGUUUCAGAUUCUCAUUUUCAAGAAAAUAUUGCUGAUUUAUCCAUGUAGAAGACAAUUUCUUCAGGGUGUUUUAUUUUGACAUUAACUUUCCACAUUCCUGAGCUAAUCUGCAUUCUUAGCUCUGGAUUAGUGUUAAUUCCAGAAAUUCAGUGGCCUAAAAUAUUGUUUCCCACACUUUAAAAUCUAAUUGCCACCAUCAAUUUCUGAUUCAGUAGUUCUGGGUAGUGAAAUUAAGUACCUACAAAUUAAAAAUGUUUUCUAAAUAGUUAGAAGUUUCUGUUAUAAAUUAGUAUUUUGGGAUUAAUUUACUAGAAUAUUCUAUUACAUCCUCUUUAUUGUACACAUUACUAAGUUGGCAAUUACAGAAUAUGGGCAAGAUUAAUUUUAUUUACUUUUAAUAAAACAGGUAUUGUUGCCUCUAAGCCAGACCUAAUUACCUGUCUGGAAAAAGAAAAAGAGCCCUGGAAUAUGAAGCAACAUGAGAUAGUGGAUGAACCCCCGGUUAUGCGUUCUCAUUUUGUUGAAGAACUUUGGCCAGAGCAAAACAUAAAAGAUUCUUUCCAAAAAAUGAUACUGAGGAGAUACAAUAAAUGUGGACAUAAGAACUUACAAUUAAAUAAAGGCUGUAGAAGUGUGAAUGAGUGUAAGCUGCACAAAGGAGGUUAUAAUGGACUUAAUCAAUGUUUCACAACUACCCAGAGCAAAAUAUUUCAAUGUUAUACAUAUAUAAAAGUGUUUCAUAUAUUUUCAAAUUCAAAUAGACCUAAAAUAAGACAUACUGGAAAGAAACCUUUCAAAUGUAAAAAAUGUGGCAAAUCAUUUUGCAUGCUCUCUCAACUAACUCAACAUGAAAGAAUUCAUACUGGAAAGAAACUCUACAAAUGUGAAGAAUGUGGCAAAGCCUUUAACUGGCCCUUAGUCCUUAGUCAACAUGAGAGAAUUCAUACUGGAGAGAAACACUAUAAAUGUGAAGAAUGUGGCAAAGCAUUUAAGCAGUCCUCAAGCCUUACUAGACAGAAGAGAAUUCAUACUGGAGAGAAAUACUACAAAUGUGAAAAAUGUGGCAAAGCCUUUAACCGUUUCUCAAACCUUACUAUGCAUAAGGUAAUUCAUACUGGCGAGAAACCCUACAAAUGUGAAGAAUGUGGCAAAGCCUUCAACCGGUCUUCCAUCCUUACUAUGCAUAAGAUAAUUCAUACUGGAGAGAAACCCUACAAAUGUGAAGAAUGUGGCAAAGCCUUCAACCAGCCUUCAAACCUUAUUAUGCAUAAGAGAAUUCAUACUGGCGAGAAACCCUACAAAUGUGAAGAAUGUGGCAAAGCCUUCAACCAGUCUUCAAACCUUACUGUGCAUAAGAUAAUUCAUACUUGGCAGGGAGAAACCCUACAAUGUGCAAGAAUUGGGGCAAAGCCAUUUAAGCGUCCUCAAGCCUAUACUACACAUAAGAUAAUUCAUGACUUGAGAGAAAACCCCUACAAAUGUGAAGAUUGGUUGUCAAAGCCAUUUAAGCUAGUCCUCAAGGCUUACAUAGACAUUAAGAGGGACAUUCAUACUGGGAGGAGUAAACCGCUUACAAUGCUGCAGCGGAUGGUGGCAAAGCAUUUAAGCAGUCCUACAAACCUUACUACACAUAAGAUAAUUCAUACUUUGGGAGGAGAAACGGCCUACAAAUGUGAAGAAUGCGGCAAAGCAUUUAAGCAGUCCUCAAACCUUACUAAACAUAAGAGAUUCAUACUAGGAGAGAAAAACCUGAAGAGUGGGUGA